GUGAAUAUAUCCCUGGUCACCGCCUACCACAAGGGAAUAACAAGAACAAAUGAAAAAAUGGAUUCUCUGGUGGAGAGUAGCACAAGUUUAGGGGAGUAUCUUGACGUAUGACUGACGGUGCUGGCUGUAAUUUAUUGACAGAAACUGUGUGUUUGGUUGUUUAGCCUGAUAAGAAUACUAAAGAAACCAUGGAGUCUGAUGAAACUUUAAAGGAAGAACUGGAUAGAGUUCACCAGGAGAUAGACCAGAUGAGCAAUGAGGAAAACCAAGCAGCUCAAAACGGUGUAGUAUUAGACGAAAAAGAAAGGUUGCAAAUAAGAUUAGCGGAACUGGAAAUAUUGUACAAGAAUGCUCAACAGGAACUGGAAGCCACACGAGAGGCUCUGGCCAAGUUGCAGACAAAUGAGUGUAUGAGCACAGCUACUGGUACUGAGACAGAGAAUAACCAUCCUCUUGAAUCUGCUGCCUCAGAAACAUCAGUCAAAUCACAAAAUACCAAGGUUGAUUUUGACAUAAAGCAGGUUUCGACACAGACGCCCGAGUGGGAAAAUACUUACAAGAUAUUUGUGGGGAACCUCAGUAACCGUGCUUCAGGCUCAGACAUCCGAAAACUCUUUGAAGCUCAUGGUACAGUGGUUGAGGCAGAUGUUGUCAGAAACUAUGGCUUUGUGCACAUGGAAAAUGAAGAAGAGGGCCGGGUAGCUAUUGAAGCACUAAAUGGCUGUUCACUUCACGGAAAACCAAUGGUUGUUAAGGCCUCCACUGGUGCUAGGAAGGAUGAUAACCAAACAACAAAUAUCUUAAUUGGGAACCUUCCCAAGGAUUCUAAACUUGAGGAGUUGAAAAGCUUAUUUGGAGUAAACAGCAAUAUCGUAGAGUCUGACACUCUUACCAACUGUGCCUUUGUUAUAUCAACCAAGAAGCCUGUACAGAGGAAGACCUUCAAGAUAUUUUUAGGGAACCUCAGUCAUCGUGCCACAACCGCAGAAAUCCGGCAACUUUUUGAAGCUCAUGGUACAGUGGUUGAGGUGGAUGUCUUGAAAAGCUUUGGUUUUGUGCACAUGGCAAAAGAAGAGGAAGGGAAAGCAGCUAUUAUAGCACUGAAUGGUUACAUACUGGAUGAAAGGCCAAUGGUAGUUAAAGCUUCAACUGGUGCUAAGAAGGGUGGUAACCAAAGGACAAAAAUCUAUGUUGGCAAUCUACACAAAAAUACCAAACUUCUGGAACUAAAACGACUUUUUGAAAUGUAUGGCAAUGUGGUAGAAGCUGAUAUCAUUACCAACUAUGCAUUUGUUCACAUGGAUGAUGAAGCUCAAGCCCAGCGAGCAAUUCGUGAGCUAGAUGGGCAUGAGUUCCAUGGUUUGCGCCUGAAGGUCCGAAAAUCCACUUCUCAUGCGAGACAGGAGGCUGGGAUCAGAAACCCUGAUAUGUACUUUCCUAGUGGAUCCAGUGGUAAUUGGUUUCGGCAGUAUCCCAGUGAUGAACGAAUUGAAGCCUCUCGAUAUCCUGAUUGUGAACGAGGAGGACAGAGCUUUGGAAGAAAAAAUGAUCUGUAUCCACCACUUCUUCCGCCCAGCUAUGCCAGGGAGCAUAUGAUGCAUUACAGGGAUGACUUUGAUCAGUAUUAUGAUGAGGGUCUAUAUGAACGUCAUUAUGGUGAUCAUCCUACACCUCCACCACCAGUCCUAGACAAUCUGUAUAAUCGCCGCCUUCCCCCACUUCCUCCUCAUCCCGAUUUCCUAAGAUAUGGUCGAGGCUUACCUCCACCAAGCAGUCCUGUAUAUUUGAACCUUCACAUUUUGCAGGAAUCCACAUCCUCGUCCUCCAAUGCAUGGUAACGGCCCACCAAACCAUCGACUAUUUUGAGCCUGUGACAUGAUGACGCAGUAAUUUGAUGCCAGCAGACAUUCAUAUCUUCUCAUGUAGCAUCCUUAUGGCUACAUCUGGACCCAUACUGCCACUACUGUUUAGCUCUACGUGCCAUACUACUCAAGCAAUUUGCAGGGGGGUACAUGAAUCACAUUCACGAGACCCUGAUACCCCUAAAGGACAUUAUCAUGUAACAGAAAUGUCCCCAUUACAACAACCAAAUCUUGUAGUUUGAAUUAAUGAUUAUAUUCAAGCCUUUUUGGUUACCAGCGUGUAAUUGUUCCUUAAUUUAUGUACUGUGCAUCAUUUUUUUAUAAUUUAUAAUUUUGUUGACUACUUUGUGCUGUUAAUGUCAUAAUUAUAAGUAAAUUAUGAAAAUUUG